AAGCAACAAUAAUGAAUGAAUGUUAAUUAAAAAUUACCAUUCCCUGCAUCAAGAUUCAAGAUCAUAAAUCAUAAUGUUCUCAAACAUUUAAUCAUACCAAACAAAUCAAAUCAAAUCAAAACCCUAUCUUUCUCUCUCUCCCUCUUCACUCUUCACCACCAUUUUCCAUUUCCAUGGCAUUCACGUUUAACCUUCGCCGUUAGAUCUCAUAUCACUCCAAUUUACUAGAUGCGAGUGAUCAAGAACUUGCUACUUAGAUCAGAGUGAGUGAAUAUUGAUCUUGGAAGCUACUGGAGUUGCCAAUUAAUUGGUGAAGAUGAGAUUUUUGGAGUUUGGGUGUGUUCUGUUGAUUGUUGUACUAGCUCUUGUGGUUUCUGUAAAAGGUGAGAUUUAUAUAGUAACUGUUGAAGGUGAACCUAUCAUAAGUUAUACUGGAGGUAUUGAUGAAUUUGAAGCUACUGCUGUGGAAUCUGAUGAAAAAAUUGAUACUACCAGUGAACUGGUUACUUCAUACGGUCGUCAUCUUGAAAAAAGACAUGAUAUGAUUCUAGGGAUGUUGUUUGAGCAAGGGACAUACAAAAAACUAUAUAGCUAUCGACAUCUUAUAAAUGGUUUUGCUGUUCAUAUUUCGCCAGAACAGGCAGAAACUCUAAGACAUGCUCCUGGAGUGAAAUCUGUUGCAAGGGACUGGAAAGUGAAGAGACUUACAACACAUACCCCUCAAUUUUUAGGGCUUCCGACUGGGGUAUGGCCAACUGGAGGUGGCUUUGAUAGAGCUGGAGAAGACAUUGUGAUUGGAUUUGUAGACUCGGGGAUCUAUCCUCAUCACCCCAGUUUUGCAACUCAUAAUACUGAACCAUAUGAGCCAGUUCCAAGGUAUAGAGGGAAAUGUGAAGUUGAUCCUGAUACUAAAAUAAAUUUUUGCAAUGGGAAGAUUGUUGGAGCACAACACUUUGCCCAAGCUGCAAUAGCUUCUGGAGCAUUCAACCCUUCAAUUGAUUUUGCUUCUCCUCUAGAUGGGGAUGGACAUGGAAGUCACACAACCUCUAUCGCAGCUGGAAAUAAUGGAAUUCCUGUGAGAAUGCAUGGCCAUGAAUUUGGCAAAGCAAGUGGGAUGGCUCCUCGUGCUAGGAUUGCUGUAUACAAGGCACUCUAUAGACUCUUUGGAGGGUUUGUUGCAGAUGUAGUUGCCGCAAUUGAUCAGGCUGUAUAUGAUGGAGUGGAUAUACUCAGUCUUUCAGUUGGACCCAACAGUCCUCCAGCAGCUGCCAAAACUACAUUUUUGAACCCUUUUGAUGCUACACUUCUUGGAGCCGUGAAAGCUGGUGUAUUUGUUGCACAGGCCGCUGGAAAUGGUGGUCCUUUCCCUAAGACAAUGGUUUCAUAUAGUCCAUGGAUAGCAUCUGUAGCAGCUGCAAUUGAUGAUCGUAGAUACAAAAAUCAUUUAACGCUUGGAAAUGGAAAUAUCUUAGCUGGAAUCGGGUUAUCACCUUCUACACAUUUAAACCGAACAUACACUUUGGUUGCUGCAAAUGAUGUGCUGCUAGAUUCUUCGGUUACGAAGUACAGCCCAACAGAUUGCCAGAGACCAGAAUUAUUAAACAAGAAACUGAUAGAGGGAAAUAUUCUUCUCUGCGGAUAUUCUUUCAACUUUGUUGUUGGUACUGCAUCAAUGAAGAAAGUAUCAGAAACGGCAAAGGCCCUUGGUGCAGCUGGAUUUGUUCUCUGUGUUGAAAAUAUUUCCCCUGGUGCAAAAUUUGAUCCUGUCCCUGUUGGCCUUCCUGGGAUUCUUAUCACUGACGUCGGUAAUUCAAAGAAACUUAUAGACUAUUAUAAUAUCUCUACACCAAGAGACUGGACUGGACGGGUGAAGAGUUUCAAAGGUUUAGGUAAAAUCGGAGACGGUUUGAUACCUAUUCUACAUAAGUCUGCGCCGCAGGUGGCAUUAUUCUCUGCUAGAGGGCCAAAUGUAAAGGACUUCAGCUUCCAAGAGGCAGAUCUUCUCAAACCAGAUAUAUUAGCUCCUGGUUCGUUGAUUUGGGCUGCUUGGAGUCCAAAUGGAACUGAUGAGGCAAAUUUUAUUGGUGAGGGAUUUGCGAUGGUAUCUGGAACUAGCAUGUCUGCACCACAUAUAGCUGGAAUUGCUGCUCUUAUAAAGCAGAAGCAUCCACAUUGGAGCCCUGCUGCCAUUAAAUCAGCAUUGAUGACAACUUCAACAACUCUAGACAGAGCAGGGAAUCCUCUUCUAGCUCAGCAAACUUCUGAAACAGAAGCUAUAAAAUUUGUCAAAGCUACCCCAUUUGACUAUGGGAGUGGACAUGUUGAUCCAACAGCUGCCUUGGACCCUGGCCUCAUCUUUGAUGCAGGAUAUGAGGAUUAUCUUGGCUUCUUAUGUACAACACCUGGCAUCGAUGUUCAUGAGAUAAGGAACUACACUCAUGUACCAUGUAACACUAGUAUGGGCAAACCAUCGAAUUUAAACACUCCAUCCAUCACAAUUUCCCAUCUCGUGGGAACUCAAGUUGUCCACCGCACUGUAACCAAUGUAGCGGAGGAAGAAACCUAUGUGAUCACAGCCAGAAUGGAACCAGCAGUUGCCAUUGAAGUCAACCCUCCUGCAAUGACUAUCAACGGCGGCACAUCACGUCAAUUUUCUGUGACACUGACAUCUCAAUCAGUGACAGGAAGUUAUAGUUUUGGAGAAGUUUUAAUGAAAGGGAGCAGAGGGCAUAAGGUAAGGAUCCCUGUUGUGGCGAAAGGAUUCCCACGAUAGAGUCUUGUUUGAUAUGUUGAAAAAGGCUUGUAAUAUUCUUUGUAUGUUGUGGGGUAAUAAGUUAAGGUAUGGUGCUAGAUUUGUUCAUCCAAAAAUAUAAUAUAUUAUAUAUGAUAGGUGUAAUGUAAUGUAAAGGGGGGUGAAGGCUAGUUUGUUCGAUUCCACGUAUAAAGUUUUGGUUAUAUUAUUAUCUAGUCAUCAUCAUUUGUUAAAUGCUUCUUUGUGAGAAGUUUUUACAUGUAUCUGUAACCAUUUACCAGUCCAACAGUUACUUGCUUCCUUCCUGCAGGUAGUAUAAUACAUGAAAUAAAUAGUAUCCAUCGGCUAUUGAAUAGCUAUAUUCACUCA